AUGGAGGUGCCGCAGGGGUCCGGGUCGGGGUUCAUCUGGGACCGCGAAGGCCACGUGGUGACGAAUUACCACGUGAUUCGCAACUCCAGCGACCUGCGAGUAACACUGGCGGACCAAUCAGUGUACGCGGCUGACGUGGUGGGAUACGACCGUGACAAGGACGUGGCAGUGCUGCACAUUGAUGCGCCCAGGAGCAAGCUGCGCCCGCUGCGAGUGGGCAGCUCCUUCGACCUGCAAGUGGGGCAGCGCGUCUACGCCAUUGGGAACCCCUUCGGGUUGGACCACACCCUCACCACAGGCGUUAUCAGUGGGUUACGGAGGGAGAUCAGCAGUGCAGCAACGGGGCGGCCCAUCCAGGACGUGAUACAGACGGAUGCGGCCAUCAACCCGGGUAACAGCGGGGGUCCGCUGCUGGACUCCAACGGCAACCUCAUCGGCAUCAACACCGCCAUCUACUCGCCCUCGGGUGCUUCAUCCGGUGUCGGCUUCUCUAUCCCUGCUGACACGGUAGCAGGCAUAGUGGAGCAGAUAAUCAGGUACGGGCAGGUCACGCGGCCAGUGCUGGGGAUUUCUUUCGCCCCCGAGCAGUCUCUCGAGCAGCUGGGCGUGGCUGGCGUGCUUGUGCUUGACGCUCCCCCCUCCGGCCCCGCAGGGAAAGCGGGCAUCCGGCCGACGACUCGGGACAGCUACGGGCGGCUGGUGUUGGGGGACAUCAUCACGGGCAUUGAUGGCAACACUGUGCGCAACGGCUCUGACCUCUACCGCAUCCUCGACCGCUGCAAGGUUGGCCAGAAGUUUGCGUUCGCGCUGUUCCCUUCAUCCGCCUUCCUCCCCUUCCCCCUUCCCUCCCCGCCCAACCUCCCCGUCCUCCUUCCCCCCCCGUUCCCCUUCCCCAUACCCCCCUGUGGCAGCGACGCCAUGCGCAACGCGCUGGUGAACGCGUGCCUGCACCGCCCCUACGCCCUUCCGCCUCCCUUACGCCCUCCCCUCCCUGCUCAUGCCCCCUUUCCCCUAUUCACCCGCCCCCCCUCCCUCGUUCCCCGUGGCAGCGACACCACGCGCAACGUGCUGGUGGACGCGUGUUUCAUCCGCCUGCGCCGCCCCAAGUUCCUGCGCUUCACCGCCGACCUCCCCUCGCUCUCUGCUCGCAUCCUGCUCUCCGGCCCCCCAGGUUCCCGUGCCCCUCUCCCUCUCCUCUCGCCUAGCUCAAGUCAAGUGCCUCUAUCUUCCCCCCCUUCCCUCCCGGUCUCACACUUCGAGGAGGAGGAAGAGGAGGAGGGCGAGGAGGGGAGGCAAAGAGAAGGCGGUGCAGUGAGUGGGGAGGGGGCGGGAGAGACAGGGGGACCAGGGGAGGCACAAGGUGCUGGUCCCACGAGUGAGGCUGCAGGGGGGGAACAAGUAUCCGGGGGGGGGGAUGGGGGAGGUGGUGACGGGGAAGGGGGUGAUGGGGGAGAGGGGGAAUCCGCCGUGGCUGCUGAUGUGGAGAGCGAUGGCCCUGCUGACGUGGCGUCAGGGGAGCUGGAGCUGGCAGGUGGAAUGGAUGAAGGGCAAGGGGGGGACAGGGUGGAGGGGGAAGGGGAGCGGGUGAGGGCGGAGACAGAGAGGGCGGAGAGGGAGGGGGCGGAGAGGGAAAGUGGGGAGAGGGAGGGGGGAGGAGCAGGGGGGGAAGCAGAAGAGGCGCACAGUGUGCCUUGUGUGCAGGGGGCUGGUACUCUGCCUGCUUAUGGUUGCAGCAGCAGCAACAUCGUUGCCGGUGCCGUCACUGCAACUUCUGCCUCCUGUCCUGCUGGUGCUGCUUCGUCUGCUUCCACUGCCGCAGCUGGCAUGUGUGAGGAGGCGGAGCAGAGCACUGCUGCUGCUGGUCCUUCUGCCAGCACCCAGCCGGACAGCAUACCGCCCCCCAGCACUGCACACACUGGCAGUACCCACACCAGCACUGCCGCUGCUGGUGACGGUGCCAAGCCCAAUAGGGCAGAGCAGGAGGAGGAGGGGCAGCGGGGCAGCACGUCGAGUAAACGCAGCAGUGGGGGUGCGGGAGGAGGGAAAGGUGGUGUGGAUCUGCGAGCAGUGAAGCUGAAGGAGCUCUCCUCCUCGCUUAUCCCCUGCUCCCACUCCCACCACUCCAAAUCCUCCUCUUCCUCCUCGUCGUCCUCCUCCCACCAUAAGAAGAAGGGUAGCAGCAAGGGAUCGAAGAGCGCAGCGAAGGAGGGAGCGGGUGAGGGGGAUGGUGCAGGGAAGGGUGGGAGCAGGGAUGAGGCGGGGAGUGGGGCAGCGGUGGCAGGUACAGGGCACAAGGUGAAGAGCAAGGGGGAGAAGGAGAAGGAGGGUGCAGGAAGCGAUGGGAAGAAGAGCAGCGAGAGUGUGGAGGGGUCGAAGAAGGGUUUUAAGAAAGGCGACAGAGUGCGCUACAUGGGCCCGCCCUCGCUCUCCUCUGCUGCACCCCCACCGCCAUCGGCCUCGCUUCUGCCACCCUCCAUGCGCGGCCCCCCAGUGGGUCUCAAGGGGCGGGUGGUGGUGGUGCUGGAAGAAAACCCGCACCGCGUGGGCGUGCGUUUUGACAAGCCCAUCCCGGGCGGCAACAGUCUCGUGGAUGUAUGCGACGACGGGCAUGGCGCAUGGUGCCACGUGUCGGAGCUGCGGCUGGAGGGGGCGGCAGCAGACGACGCGGAGAAGCAGCUGGUAGACCACUGCAUGGCGGUGGCAGCAACCGUAGCGGCCACAACCCCGCUCAUUGUGUUCAUCCCGGGCGCAGACAGAAUCGCAGCGGCGCAUUACGAGAGGCUUGUUAGGCUGGAGCGCAUGGAGCGCUUGGGUGUUGUUGGGGAGAGAGUUGCGGAGAAAGGGGAGAAGGGGGAGAAGGGGGAGAAGGGGAAGGAGGUGAAGGAGAAGAGUGAGCCGCUGCGGCUGGUGGUGAUUGGCUCUCACACAGUGCCGCCCAAAAAGGACAAGGCGCCAGCAGCGGCAGCAGCCCCCAAGGCCACGGACAAGCUCUCUGCCCUCCUCGACCUCUCCUUCCUGCCGCCAGCAGCGGCAGCAGCCCCUAAGCCCACGGACAAGCUCUCUGCUCUCCUCGACCUCUCCUUCCUGGACCAGCUCUCCUCACGGCUAGAGGACGGGCGGUUGGAGGGCGGCGGGGGCAAGGACCAGCUUUCAUCGCGGCUAGAGGACGGGCGGGGGGAGGGCGGCGGGGGCAAGGGGGGCAGCAGGGCGGUUUCUCGCCUCUUCCCCACGUCCAUCCCGGUGCUGCCGCCCGCGCAAGACGAUGACGUGGCACAGCGUGAUUGGACGAGGCAGCUGGAGGGUGACGUGGAGCUGAUGCGUGCUGAGAGCAACCGCCGCCUGCUUAGAUCGGUGAUGUGCACGGCGGGAGUGGAGUGUGCAGACAUUGACAGGCUGUCAAUCGCCUCGCACUCUCUUCCGCUACGAGCGGAGCGCAUGGUGGGGUGGGCUAUCAGUCACCAGCUACAGCACAGCCAACAAGCCGACACGCCUCCUGCCCGCCUCCCGCUCUCUCUCUCCAGUAUUCGGCAUGGAGUGGAGGUGGUGGAGGGAGCAUCUCAGCAGCAGCCAGCCGCACAGCGCAAGGCACUUCAGGACGUAACGUGUGACAACGACUUUGAGAGGCUGCUUCUGGGGGAGGUGAUACCUGCAGAGGAGCUGGGCGUGCGUUUUGAGCACAUCGGUGCCCUGGAGGGCGUGAAGGAGGCUUUAAGGGAGGUGGUCAUGCUGCCGCUGCAGCGCCCAGAGCUCUUCCAGACCGGCCAGCUCACCAAGCCGGUGCGGGGGCUGCUGCUGUUCGGGCCACCAGGCACGGGCAAGACGAUGCUGGGCAAGGCGGUUGCUACCGAGUCAGGGGCCAACUUCAUCAGUCUUUCCAUGGCCUCUGUGGCCUCCAAGUGGUUUGGCGAGGCAGAGAAAUACGUGAAGGCGGUGUUUACGCUGGCCAGUAAAAUCGCGCCGUGUGUCAUCUUCGUGGAUGAGGUGGACAGCAUGUUGGGGCGGAGAGGGGGCGACUCGGAGCACAGUGCAAUGCGAAAGCUCAAGAACGAGUUCAUGGCGGCUUGGGACGGGCUGCGAUCCAAGCAGGCUGAGCGCAUUCUUGUGCUCGGCGCCACCAACCGCCCCCACGACCUGGACGACGCCGUCAUUAGACGCUUUCCCAGAAGGCUGUUCGUGGACCUGCCUGACUGCCCCAACCGGGCCAAGAUCCUGGCGGUGAUUCUGAAGGACGAGGAGCUCGAACGUGGCUUUUCUACUGAUGAACUCGCUGCUGCCACUGAUGGGUACUCUGGUAGCGACCUCAAGAACCUGUGUGUGACAGCAGCGUUCCUGAGAAUUAAGGAGUUUCUGGACAAGGAGAAGAAGGAAAAAGAGGAGGUUGAGAGGAGAGAGGGAGGCGCAGAGGGCAGCAGUGGAAGCAGCGGCUUAGCAGCGAGUGGCAGGCGGGAGGGCGAGGCUGGUGCUGCUGACGUUGGCUCUGGCUCACAUGAGCCUCAAGGCGCUGCUUCUCUUGCGGCUUCACCUGUCGCUGCGCCAUGCAUGCGGCCAAUCAGCAUGGAGGACAUGCGGAAAGCCAUGGAGAAGGUGCGUGCGAGUGUGAGCAGCGAUGCAGCAGCAAUGAUGGAGCUGAUGCAGUGGAACGAGCAGUUCGGGGAAGGGGCCUCCCGCAAGAUCACCCCCCUCUCCUACUUCAUGUGA